UUGGCGACUUGAAUAAUGGCAAUGGAAGAGACGAUGGACUUAGAUAAAAACCCGGAACUGGAGACGAGAAGUGAAUCGAUGAACGAUCAACCAUCGCCAAGAUGUGUACUGGAGAUACCUGUGGUGGGAUCGGACUCCGAUACCAGCAGCUGCAGCAGCAAUUCUACUUCUUUUUCCCCAAAAACAAAAGUGAACCCAGAUUCCUAUGGUUUGCAGUGGAAGAAUUUAAUUGGAAAUAUUAAGAAGAAAUCAGCCAGAAGUUUCUCUCUUAUUCCUCUGCUGCCAAGUUAUGAUAUUUCCAGGAAGAACUCAAGGAGGUCGAAGCUCACAAAACUCCAUGCCUCUGAGGAACACGAUGUCGGUAUUGAUCUCAUGGCAGUGCCUAAACCAUCACGGAAACAUUUUACCUACUCGGAACUUGCUGCUGCUACUGACCAUUUUUGUCCUGGGAAUUUGCUCGGGAAAGGGGGGCAUGCAGAGGUGUACAAGGGGCAAUUACCUGAAGGUCAAGUUGUAGCAGUGAAGAAGCUAAUGAAGAAUGAGAAACAAGAGGAGGAUCGAGCGAAUGAUUUCUUAUCGGAACUUGGGAUUAUUGCUCACAUAGAUCACCCGAAUGCAGCUCGCUUAAUCGGAUUCAGCAUCGAUGGAGAUUUGCACUUAGUCCUUCAGUAUUCCCCUCAUGGCAGCCUUUCUUCUGUUCUUUUCGGUUCACCUGAGCGCCUAGACUGGAAGACAAGAUUUAAGGUAGCCAUUGGAAUAGCAGAUGGAUUGAGAUAUUUCCAUCACGACUGUCAGAGGCGCAUUAUACACCGAGACAUUAAAGCCUCGAACAUUCUGCUCACCCAAGAUUAUGAAGCUCAGAUAUCAGAUUUUGGUUUGGCAAAGUGGCUCCCGGAAAAUUGGCCUCACCUUGUUGUCCAUCCCAUUGAAGGAACAUUCGGGUAUUUAGCUCCGGAGUAUUUUAUGCACGGAAUUGUUAAUGAAAAGAUCGAUGUGUUCGCAUUCGGAGUUCUGUUGCUGGAGAUAAUAACAGGUCGACGUGCAGUCGAUUCAGCCAGACAAAGCCUUGUGAUUUGGGCAAAACCGCUCCUGGAAAGAAACGAAGUAAGGGAACUGGUCGAUCCUCGACUAGGAGACGAUUACGAUCCAAGUGAAAUGAAACGUGCAAUGUUAACAGCUUCCGUGUGCAUUACUCACAAUGCCAGCAUGCGUCCAAACAUGAUAAGGGUUGUCGAGUUGCUGAAGAACGAAGAAAGCCACCUAGAGUGCGACAGGAAAUCUGGAGGUGGGAAAACAGUAAUUGCAGACUGCUUUGAUUUGCAAGAUUAUAGUAGAACCAGCUACCUGAAUGACUUGAAUCGCCAUAUGCAACUGGUUAUGGAGUGAAAGAUGUACUUGUUUGAAACAUAUAUAGU